UUUCGACUAUAAAGUAAACAAACUACUUUCUUAAUAAUUCAGUAAUUAAAAAGCCAUUGGGAAGAACAAACAUUAUAAGGUAUUAAAAUAUGUUUAAGUUCGUGGUUAUAGUAUUGCUCGUUGGAGCUGUGGCACGUGUACAAGCGCAACAAGUAAACAACAACAUUAACAAUAUCGAUGAAUAUAUAAAUCAAAACAAGCAGCAAUAUGCUCAAAAUAUACGAGAUUAUGAUCAACGUUUGGAGACAUUUAAACAAACAUAUACCGCUGGUCUGCAGGUGAUUCCCAAACGUCUGGACAUGCUAGUCGAUAGUAUUGGUCAGACAGAGAAACGUUUAAAUAGUCUCGAAAUCUUAAGUCAACAAUGUGUCCAAAAAUAUCGUUCAAAGUUGCCCAAUGUGAUUAUCACCAAACAACAAAUCAAUUUGUGUUAUACUACCGCUAAUAGCCAAACUGAAUAUUUGGUAGUACAAGCUUUUGGUACUAGAACAUCCUUAGAUAACUAUUACAAAUAUCAAUUUGAAGGUAGCUUACAAAGUUGUAAGGUACAAAUUGGCGAUUACAAUACAUGUGUCAUGAAUGCUGUAUCCAACGCCAAUGCUUAUACAGCCAGCAAUCGUAAGACAUUUGAUUCACAAAUGCAAACCGCUCAAAUUAAAGCUAAUGCCAAUACUGAUACAGCUUUCCAGUGCAGUUAUUCUACACAAAAUCAAGCCACCUCCGCCAUAGCUGAGAUCAAUAUCUUAACUGAUAGAUGCUUAAAGGGCCUUGAUGAUUGCAAACCCUGUUCAAAUCAAGGUUUUUCAUGUUCUGCUGUUUCACGUUCUGAAAUCGAUUAUAACAAUCCAUUAAUGACUAAUGUUUUCUAUGGACGUUAUGAACUAACUGAUUGUUUAUUGUUGAAGAUAUUCAGUUAGAUAAUUACAUUAAUUUGUUGUUGUAAUACUUAAAAAAAUAAAUUAUA